GAGAGAGAGAGAGAGAGAGAGAGAGAGAGAGAGAAUACGUGUGAGAAGAAUGUAAGCUGCUAGUGUGGAGUUUGGGAUAAAAAGUGGACUCCUGCUCAGGUCAUGGAAAACUUGGAAUCUUGUUUUUAAAGCAGAGGAACGACGCUGCUUCAUUAGAAAUUGUAAAAAGAAGGAAAAAGAGGAAACACGAAAAGAACUGAGGAUCUGAAGAACAUCAGAAUCUCAACACCGAGCAAACAGCAUCAUUCCAUCAGCUGGCAUCUGGACAUCGCUGACCUCCAUCUGUAUGUUUUUCUGGAAGAUUCCUGAAAAAAUUCCAAGUUGUUCUCCCUGAGAUCUUAUCUGCUCUCUCCCUCGUCUUCCUCGUCUUCCUCGUCUUCCUCGUCCUCCUCGUCUUCCUCCUCCUUCAGCAGGAUGGGCGUGUCUCGAGGCUGUCUGUGUUGCGUCAAAUACCUCAUGUUCAUCUUCAACCUUAUCUUCUGGCUGGGUGGGUGUGGCUUGUUUGGCGUAGGGGUGUGGCUUUCCUUCCGCCAGGUAGAGAUCUCGCACCUCCCGCUCUCCUUCCCGUCGCUCUCCGUGGCCAACCUGCUGCUGGUUGCCGGGGGCGUUACCAUGGUGACGGGGUUUCUGGGCUGUCUGGGAGCUCUGAAAGAGCAGAGGUGUCUGCUGAUGACGUUUUUCGUGAUCCUCCUGUUGCUGUUCCUGACUGAAGCCGUGCUCGUCCUCGUGCUGGGACUCUUUCACCGAGAGUUCGACCAAAAAGCGAAGGAGGACCUGCUGGAGGGCAUGAAGCAUUACGGCAGUAACGAGGCUCUGACGAAGUCGUGGGACAGCAUGCAGAAAAUCUUUAAAUGCUGUGGCGUGAGCAACCACACCGACUGGAACCGACUGCAGGGAUCACCCCCAAUCUCCUGCUGCAGAGACAACGCCCCCCCCUGUCAUCGCUGGGAAGAGCCGUGUUAUCAGAAGGCAAAAAUGUGGGUUCUGGACAACAUCACCUGGGUUCUGGGUUUCGGGGUGUGUCUCGGCAUCGUGCAGAUUCUGGCAUUGGCCUUCUCCAUGCUGAUGUACUGCCAAAUCCUGCGAGUGGAAAAGUACAUGGACUGAACCUGCACAUAAGGGGACAGAGAACAGAAUUCUGCUGAACUAAGUGAUCUGUGUUCUACUCUGUGUGUAAAUGUAUUUACAUGCCUCAUGUUUCUCAGCAGCGUGAUGUCUGUGUGUAAGCUUCAUUACAGUCCAAUCCAAUGCAGGUGUAAAACGUCCUGUCAGGUGACGUGUGUUACUCUCAUACUGAACAUUUUAGUCUUGAAUAACCUGCAUGUACUGAUCACAUGUAGAACUUUAUUACAGAUGUUGAGGCUGAUGUUGAUGUGGUUGAAAAUUGCUCUGUAGAUGUUGUUUUAUUGUCUAAUUAAAAGUGUUUUCAAAUAUUAA